UAGCUAGCCUCAAGCGUGCGCUUCACUUCAUUGAUUCCCGGAACAAAGUCAGUUUGAACACGAAUGCUUAGUCUCAUAGGUGUUUUUUAAACAGUGCUUUUAUCUUUGUUUUCAUGAUAGUAGCAGACACUUAAUGCAUCCUGAGCCAUUACAGGAUCUUCUUUGAAAGUCAAAAUGACUUUGGCAGCAACGUGUAGCAGGUCAGUCACAUCUGUCAAACGUGCUAUCCUGUGUUCUGUGACGAAAACCUCCCUGUUGUUUUCAGCUAACAACUCAGUUCCAGCUGACCAAGGGAAACAACCAUCAAAGAAAAGAUGGAGAAAAGGCCACAAGAAAGUUCUCAUAGCUGAACAUCUGUCCUGGGAGGAAAGGCUGGCUGAUGUGGUCACCCCUCUGUGGAGGCUGAGUUAUGAUGAGCAGCUUGAGCUCAAGCAAAAGAACCAGGAGAGGAUACUGUCUCAGCUUUCACGGCAUCUUUUAGGUGACUUCCAGCCACAUUCGUCUUCACCUGACAGAUGUAACCUCAUCUUUCCUGUCCUUCCUAUUCUGCCAUCGCCGGUUAGAGAUGGCUACCGCAACAAGUCUACAUUUUCUGUCAACAGAGGAGUGGAUGGAAAUCAAAAGACUGUUGGCUUUUACGUGGGCACAGGCAAGGAGGGAAACAUUGUCUGCAUCAAUGGAGAUCACCUGCUCAACAUGCCAGAGAAGCACAAACUAGUAGCCAGAUGCUACCAGGACUUCAUCCGCCUGUCCUCGCUGGAGCCUUGCCUGCAGUUCCACACCGGAGGUCACUGGAGAGAGGUCACAGUGAGGACCAAUGCAGAAGGCCACACCAUGGCUAUAGUGUACUUUCAUCCACAGACGCUUACCCCAGAAGAAGUGGCUGUCCACAAGGCUGAACUGGUGGAUUAUUUCACACAUGGUCCAGGAUCAGUGUGUCAGCUGGACUCCCUGUUCUUCCAGGAGAGCGCCAUGACUCGUUGCACCCACGAAGAAUCACCUUACCAACUUCUGUAUGGCAGAACACAUAUAUAUGAAGAGGUGCUCGACUUCAAGUUCCGCAUCUCUGCUGAUGCCUUUUUCCAGGUGAACCAGGCAGCUGCCCAGGUGCUGUAUGGCACAGUGAGAGACUUGUGUGUCCCUGACCAAACCGGAGGACAAAAAAAAGUUGGUGGUACUCUUCUAGAUGUGUGCUGUGGAACAGGUGCUAUCGGCAUCACAAUGUCUCCCAGAGUGGACAGAAUCAUCGGUAUAGAGAUCAUAGAGCAGGCGGUGGAAGACGCUACACACAACGCAGCUCUUAAUAAUGUACUGAACUGUGAGUUUAUCGCUGGGAAGGCAGAGGUGGUGCUUCCUGGUCUCAUGUCUCAGCUGAGCUCUGCAGGCAGAGGCCUCACAGCUGUGGUAAACCCUGCUCGAGCUGGCCUCCACCACAAAGUGAUCCGUGCUCUACGAAACCAACCUGCUAUCCGUAGGCUACUUUAUGUUUCCUGUAAACCAGAUGGAGAGGCUAUGAGAAACUUCAAGGAGCUCUGUUGUGCUCCCGACCCGAAGAAGAAACUCACAGGAGAAGCAUUUUCUCCAAUUCUGGCUGUGCCUGUGGACAUGUUCCCACACACUCCUCAUUGUGAACUGGUGCUACUUUUUGAGAGGUAGCAAAUGCUUUUUUUUGUUUGAAAUUGUGCUUUUACUCUUCAGCAACAGCUUUGGCUACUUCUGAUAGCAAGCAGACAGCUGAAUAAUGGUGUUCUGUAUACUGGAUGACAACAGAAGUGUUUGUGACCACCUACAAUAAUCUUACAGCCAUAGUUCAUCCAUGCAUGUUGUUUGCAUUCACCUACUUGAUAAGACCUCCUUUUUUGGUAUGCAGGGCCGUUGCUCUGCUCGGACAGAUUGUGGUUUAUUCCGAAAUUUGAACAGUAUAAUAGUGAAAACUGUGAAGUGCCUUGUAGCAGCUGUAUUUGGGCAGCAGGUGGCGCCAUUACAGCUUCUUCACAUCAAUCCAUUUUCAUAAAAAAUCUCAACAUCUGUUGCACAACUUUUGUGUGAGCUCAUCCUGUUCAUUUCCAGUUCACUGAAGUUCAUAACACAAUGAGUUACUGUUCAGUAUCAAUAUUUGUUCCAGAGAGGUUAUUCAUGUUUAUGUGAAGUCAUGCAUUGCGACAAAGUGGCCUUGACUUGAAGAUAGUGGGAUUUUUUUUUUCCUCUGUGGUGAUGAUUUCAUGCAUCAAAUCUUUUGUGCCAACAUCAGCAGAUGGACAGGGGAAUGAACUUUUAGGUUGUUGGGUUCAAAUCUGCACAUAUUUCAGUCCUUUCUGCUUCUGUUCUUGUAAACUUUAAAUGGUUCACAGUACAUUUCUAUGGUGUAUUGGCCAAAUGAUUUAUUAAAAGAUGUAUAAUGUCACACAAUAAUCACAUUUUGGCUACAUAGUUUUUAAAAAAAAGUCUCAUUCAUUUCACAUUAAGAUGUUUUUGUCUAUCAUGCCUUUGACUUUAAUUGUUUGCUGAUUUCAACAUCUGGAAAAAGUAAGUUUUGUUAUUUUGGGGGGGCUAAACUAUGUGCUUAAAUAAAGGAUGCAAAAAGUUACAGACAAUUACA